AUGCCAUCCCCCAAAAAUGAGCCAGGGUCCCAGAGAUUUUUGAGCUUUAAGAUGACCAGGCUAAGGAUUCCUCCUAAAAAGAAGCAUCUCUGAUUAAAGCUAAUUAAAGGGCACCAAAAAAUCAUCCACAAGAUCUCAAAGAGAAUCUUCAAGAUAAAAAAUACAAGUGAGGUAAUAAUAUGUAACCGAUUGGAAGCACAUUUUUGAGAAAAUAAAGAUAUACUUGAAGAGUAUCAAACUAAAUCUGGGCCAAUUAAUGGCAAAUUAGCUCAAAAAAGCUUGAAUGAAGCUCUUAAGAAAUAUUUUCAGCACGAAGCAACUAAAGUAUCAUUUUAUUACUAUAUAGAGUUGAUAUUUUUAGAGCUUGAUCCAGAAACUUUACGUAAAAAAUUCCGGUUUGAGUGUUGUGAAUUAAGGGAUCAUAGAGUAUUUUGCACUGAAAAAUGGACGGAACUUAAAAACUACUUACAAAGAACUAUGUUCACAGAUAUAGGAAUUCCCCUUUGAAUUCCUAUUAAUGAGGCUCCACCUACUAUUUCUGCAAAUGAAAGCAAGAAUUCAAUGGAUUAUUUUCCAUAA